AUGUCCACUCCGGGAGAACGAAAGUUCUCCCAGAAACUCAUGGGACUAGAGGCUUGCAACCUGCCCAUGGGUUUUAAAAUUUUUACGCAAAACAAUAAUAGAAAAGAGUCUCCUGAUUCCGAAGGAAAGCCUGGUACGGUAGCGCUAAGUAGGACGGGGUUGCAGGAGUCAUAUAGGCUACCAAAACGGAAAAGGACUAGGAUGGCGAUCUGUACUUAUAACGCACGUACGCUUGCAUCGGAAGCGGCCAUCGAAGAUCUGAUGCAAGCCAAGAAGAUCAAGUACGACGUCAUCGGACUGACCGAGAUGAGACGACGUCACCCUCUCAACGCCGUAUAUGAAACUGGAGAAGAACUGUUCUUAGGAACAUGCGACAGUAGAGGUGUUGGUGGAGUUGGUGUCCUCGUCAACACGAGUAUGGCAAAGAACAUCGACUCUUUUGAACAACUUACGACCCGAAUCGGACGUCUGCGGAUGAGAAGAUGUGACCCAACACCAGCUUUGACUAUCUUCGUCGCUUACGCUCCAACAUCAAGCUACGAAGAAGAAGAAGUCGAAGCUUUCUAUAUGGACCUGGAGAAGUUCUACCGAGAAGACCAUGCCUUCUACGAGGUCAUAAUUGGCGAUUUCAACACCAAGGUUGGCCCAAGAAGAACGCCGGAGGGACUUCACAUCGGGACCCACAGCCUACAAUGGAAUGACCAGGGGGAGAGGCUCUCCGAGUUCAUCAUGACGACUAAGACCAUCCAUGGGAACUCGCAAUUCCAGAAGCCCUCCUCUCUACGCUGGACGUGGGAGUCACCCGGUGGAGGGUAUCGUAAUGAAAUAGACCACAUCAUCGUCAAUAAAAGGUUCUGCCUGACGGACGUCGGUGUUGUACCAAAGUUCUAUACGGGAUCGGACCAUCGCCUCCUCCGAGGAAGAUUUUCCUUCACAAAGAGAGCAGAGAAAGCCGCCAAGUUCAGAGAGAGAAAUCCCAGGACUACCAUCAACUGGGAUCUCUUCGCUACGCUAGCCGGCUUUUGGGAAGAUUCCGCAAUGGACAACAUCGACGAGGAAUAUGACCGGCUUGUUGAACACCUUCACGACUGCGCGAAGAAGGCUGAGAGUUUUAAAACCACCAAGAGGCGCCUGUCUCUUGAAACUCUUGAGCUGAUACGCCAGCGUGGAGCAGCACGAGCCGCAGGGAACCAAGAACUCACGUCCGAGCUCGCAAGGCUUUGCAGAGAGGCGAUAAAGGAAGACCUUAAAGAGAGAAGAGCAGAAGUGCUGACUGAAGCUGCAGAGGCGGGAAAAGCAUCCGCUAUGCCCGUCGAGACUUUGCCAGUCGCAAGGCGAGUAUGA